GAAUAAUUAAUUAAUUAAUCAUAUAUGCUUAUAUAAUUAAGUAUUAAUUGUAAUGGAUUUGUCAAGCAUUCUAGCGAAUGAAAUCGAAUCAAAGAAGUCCAAAUUAAAGGAUAGUCAAAAUAAAAAACAUAAGUUAAAGUUCAAGUUAAAGAGUAAUAAGAAGACUAAAAGUGACGUUGAAGAAGUGUCUACUAAUACCAUAGAUAAUGAUUUCGAGAAAAAUGUAGAUAGUACUGAAUGUACUAAUGGAGCUACAGGUACUGAAGGUUCAGUUUUAAAUAUAACUGAUAAAGAAGAAAAUAAUUCUGUGGUUGUUCCUUCUAAUGAAGAGGAUGCAGAAUUACUAAAUUCUAUAACCGAUGAACAAUUGCAUAAACACUUGGAAGAAUUCAAUGAGUUGUCAAAUGUUGAGGGUAAAGACAAACUUGAUAAAAUACGACAUUUACAAGUUUUAAUUCGAAUUAAUAAGCAAAAGGAGAAGUAUAAGGAAGUUCUUGAAAGUGAAUCAAAAUAUGUUAAUAAUUCCGAAUUGGUACACAUUGAUUUGAACGAGGUCAAUGACAUUGAAGAAGAUGGUAAGAAUAAGGAAGUACAUAUGAAGAUUAGAGUCAUAAUCAAGUCAUUAGUUAAAGAUUGGGAGAAUCAUGUCUUGAAAAAUCCUAAUAAUAUUCAAAGUGAACUACUUCAUGAAACUAAACGAGAUUUAGUACCUCUUCUAUAUAAAUUGAGAAGUUCUACAUUAAGUACUGAAAUGACUAUUUCACUACUAACAAUAUUAUACUAUGUUCAAAAUCAUGACUACAGAAGAGCUAAUGAAAGUUAUUUAAAGUUAAGUAUAGGUAAUGUAGCAUGGCCAAUAGGAGUGGAACAUAUUGGUAUUCAUGCUAGAAGUUCUGCUACAAGAAUUAGUGGUACCAAACAAGCAGCCAAUAUAAUGAUUAAUGAUAAAACAAAAAGAUGGAUAACGAGUAUAAAGAGAUUAAUUACAUCUCAAGAACUGAUUUAUACACAAUAAUAGAUAUAGGAAUAGCCAUUAAUAAUUAGCAAAAAGCAUUUAGCAUUUAGCAUUUAGCAUUUAGCAUUUAGCAU